CCGGUUUUAAUGGUGGAGAGCUGAGGGCCGGCUUAAAAUGUGUUUUAAAAUCAACUCUCAUCCUUGAAUUGAAAGUUCGACUACAAUCACUGCGUAUCAUAUUGAAAACCACUCGAGGCAAACGACGAUCUGAACGUUAUUGGACUCUAUUUUGUCCCUUGUGCAGGAAGGAAAUCUACCAUGUUUCUAUACAACCUAACAUUACAGAGGGCCACAGGGAUAACCUGUGCUGUCCAUGGCAACUUCUCUGGGUCCAAGCUUCAGGAAAUUAUAGUAUCCAGAGGCAAAAUUUUGGAGCUUCUUAGACAUGACCCCAACACGGGCAAAAUCUAUCCUGUCUUAUCAGUGGAGGUUUUUGGAAUGAUCCGCUCUCUGAUGCCAUUCCGAUUGACUGGUGGAUCCAAAGAUUAUGUUGUUGUGGGAUCUGAUUCUGGUAGGAUUGUAAUAUUAGAGUACAUCCCUCAGAAGAAUACAUUUGAAAAGGUGCACCAAGAAACAUUUGGAAAAAGCGGCUGCAGGAGAAUCGUCCCAGGACAGUACUUGGCAGUUGAUCCAAAGGGCAGAGCUGUCAUGAUAGGUGCUGUAGAAAAACAGAAAUUGGUGUACAUUUUGAACAGAGAUGCUUCAGCUAGGCUGACCAUCUCCUCUCCACUGGAGGCACACAAAGCUAACACCCUUGUCUACCAUAUGGUAGGGGUGGACGUUGGCUUUGAAAAUCCCACUUUUGCUUGUCUGGAAAUCGAUUAUGAGGAAGCAGACAUGGAUCAUACUGGAGAGGGUGCCAAAAAUACACAGCAGUUGUUGACCUACUAUGAGUUAGAUUUGGGGCUAAACCAUGUAGUGAGGAAAUACUCAGAAUCUCUGGAGGAGCAUGCAAACUUCCUCAUUUCUGUACCUGGAGGCAGUGAUGGUCCAAGCGGCGUUCUGAUUUGUUCUGAGAAUUACAUCACUUAUAAGAAUCUGGGUGAUCAGCAUGAUAUCAGGUGCCUUAUUCCCAGAAGAAGGAAUGAUCUUGAUGACCCAGAGAGGGGUAUGAUAUUUGUCUGCAGUGCUACACACAAAACUAAAAGCAUGUUCUUCUUUUUGGCACAAACGGAACAAGGAGACAUUUUCAAAAUCACAUUAGAGAUAGAAGAGGAUAUGGUGACGGAGAUUGUAUUGAAGUAUUUUGACACAGUCCCUGUUGCAUGCAGUAUGUGUGUCCUGAAAUCCGGAUUUCUUUUCAUUGCAUCAGAGUUUGGAAAUCACUACUUGUACCAAAUUGCCCAGUUGGGAGAUGAUGAUGAUGAGCCCAGAUUCAGCAGUGCAUCACAACUGGAGGAAGGUGAGCCUCACUUCUUCUCACCAAGACCUCUGAAAAACCUUGUACAAGUCGAUGAAAUGGACAGUUUGUCACCCAUCACCCAUUGUCAAAUUGCUGAUCUUGCAAAUGAGGACACACCACAACUGUACACCCUCUGUGGGAGAGGCCCCAGGUCCACACUGAGGGUUCUUCGGCAUGGUCUUGAGGUGUCUGAAAUGGCUGUAUCAGAACUGCCCGGUAACCCCAAUGCUGUCUGGACAGUGAAAAAGAACAUUGAUGAUGAAUUUGAUGCCUAUAUUAUUGUGUCCUUCGUCAACGCUACCCUGGUAUUGUCCAUUGGAGAGACUGUAGAAGAAGUGACAGACUCUGGGUUCUUAGGAACCACACCCACUCUGUCUUGUUCACAGCUAGGAGAUGAUGCACUGGUUCAGAUUUAUCCGGACGGAAUCCGUCACAUCCGAUCAGACAAAAGAGUCAACGAAUGGAAGACGCCUGGUAAGAAGAGCAUCGUAAAGUGUGCAGUCAACCAAAGACAAGUGGUCAUCGCGCUCACUGGGGGGGAACUGGUCUACUUCGAAAUGGAUCCAACAGGGCAGCUGAAUGAGUACACGGAGAGAAAGGAGAUGUCGUCUGAAGUGGUGUGCAUGGCCCUCGGAAGAGUCCCUGUGGGAGAGCAGAGAUGUCGCUUUCUAGCCGUGGGUCUGUCUGAUAACACAGUUAGGAUUGUCUCUCUGGACCCAUCAGAUUGCUUGUCCCCAUUAAGUAUGCAGGCAUUACCGGAGCCCCCGGAGUCACUGUGUAUAGUAGAGAUGGGGGGUACAGAGGCUAAAGAGGAGACCGGCGAGACUGGGACUGUGGGAGGCUUGUUCCUUAACAUUGGACUGCAGAAUGGUGUAUUGCUGAGAACGGUGUUAGACACCGUGACCGGGGAUCUCUCAGAUACCAGGACAAGAUACCUAGGACUGAGGCCUGUCAAAUUGUUCAGAAUCUCCAUGCAAGGAUCUGAAGCUGUUUUAGCCAUGUCGAGCAGAUCAUGGCUGAGUUACACAUAUCAGAACAGAUUCCAUCUGACACCGCUGUCUUAUGAAACAUUGGAGUAUGCAUCUGGUUUUGCGUCAGAACAGUGUCCAGAAGGCAUUGUAGCCAUCUCCACAAAUACACUGAGAAUUUUGGCUCUAGAGAAGCUUGGAGCCGUGUUCAAUCAGGUGUCUCACCCUGUUCAGCACACCCCAAGGAAAUUUGUGAUCCACCCCGAAACUAACAACCUGAUAGUGAUAGAGACUGAAUACAAUGCUUAUACAGAGGCCACAAAGAUGGAGAGGAAACAGCAAAUGGCAGAGGAAAUGGUAGAAAUGGUGAGUGCAGAGGAAAGAGAAAUGGCAGCAGAAAUGGCGGCUAAUUUUCUAAAUGAGGAGCAGUCUGAGAGUACAUUUGGAGCUCCCAAGGCUGGUCCUGGAAUGUGGGCGUCUAUUAUUCGGAUCAUUAAUCCGAUCUCUGGGAACACACUGGAGAAAAUCCAGCUGGAACAGAAUGAAUCUGUGCACAGUAUUGCUCUGGUGAAGUUUGUCAGUCGCGGUGACGACCAGUUUGUAUUAGUUGGUGUGGCCAGGGACCUGGUGUUAAAUCCUCGGUCUCUGACGGGAGGGUUUAUCUACCUUUACCAGCUGGAGGACGGCGGAGAGACCCUGAAUUUGUUACACAAAACUCCAGUGGAGGACGUCCCAGGGGCAAUUGCUUCAUUUCAGGGGCGGGUUCUUAUUGGUGUGGGAAGACACCUUAGAAUUUACGACAUAGGAAAGAAGAAGAUGCUGAGAAAGUGCGAGAACAAGAGCAUACCUAACUUUGUUACUGGAAUUCACACCAUUGGAAAUCGUAUUGUGGCAUCUGACAUUCAAGACAGUUUUCAUUUUGUGCGGUACAAGAGACAGGAGAACCAGCUAAUUGCGUUUGCAGACGACACCAAUCCCAGGUGGAUCACAGCCUCCUGUUUACUGGAUUACAACACUGUGGCAGGGGCAGACAAGUUUGGCAAUAUUUCUAUCAUUAGACUUCCAGGCGAUGUUAGUGAUGAUGUAGAUGAAGAUCCAACAGGAAACAAGGCAUUGUGGGAUAGAGGACUGCUGAACGGAGCAUCACAGAAGGCAGACAUAGUAAUGAAUUUCCACCUGGGUGAGAUAGUGACCUCCCUACAGAAGGCGACCUUGAUCCCUGGAGGGUCUGAAUCAUUAGUGUACACAACACUGUCCGGAGGAAUAGGAAUGCUAGUUGCUUUCACGUCACACGAGGAUCAUGACUUCUUCCAACAUUUGGAAAUGUACAUGAGAACUGAACACCCCCCUCUGUGUGGCAGAGAUCACCUGUCAUUCAGAUCGUACUACUUCCCAGUCAAGAGUGUGAUUGAUGGAGACCUGUGUGAAAUGUUCAACUCCAUGGAUCCUGCUAAACAGAAGAGUGUGUCUGAGGAACUGGACAGAACUCCCAGUGAGGUUUCCAAAAAGCUUGAGGACAUCCGAACAAGAUACGCAUUUUGAAUUGGAUGUGUUUAUGAGUUAUGGAAACUACAAUUACUACUGAAAGCAUAAAUGGGCUUCUAAACGGACAUACCAGGCAUUAGAUGGAAAACUGUCAGAUAUGUGAACAGUCAAUAGACACAAUGUCCAGAAAAUAACAGCAAGAAGUUAUUGUCUCCAUUGUUCAAUGCAAAUGUCUAUGGAUCUCUUUGCUUUUAGACUGAAGGAAAGCUGUAUUGUUUUAACCAUGUCAAGGCUACAACACGAUUAGCUAUAGUGUUGUGUCUGGAAGUAUUAAUGGGUCAAACAUUUUUUCACACCUGCACUGGCAUUCUGAUAUGAUGGAGUGCUUCUCCUGCAGUGUUAUUUCCAGAGUAAACCCCGUCAUUUUAGAAUUUUAGACCAACUGUGACCACUAUGUAAAUGCAGUCUUUGCUAUGUGUUGAGCUGAUGUAUUGAUUUAGAGGUACAUUUCUUCUAGAUGUUUGUUUUCAUUAAUAGAAUUGUAUUACUCAUUGUAUAUCAAAGGAAACAGUUUUCACAGAGUGUUAGAUUUAUACGUCUUGCGUAGGUUGACCAGUUUUAAUUAUGAAUUUGAAGAAACUCAUUUUAUCAUGUUUCCGUCAUUUCAUUUUAGCUCACCUGAGCUAUAGCUCAAGUUAGCUUUUCUGAUCACCUGUUGCCUAUCAUCUGUCUUGACUUUCUCCAUAACCUCAAAGCCAACUACAACCAAACUUGCCAUAAAGUAUCAUUAGUUAAAGGGGAUUCAAGAUUGUUCAAAUGAAUAGCAACCUUUUCAAAGAAAGGGUGGAAAUAUGGUGGCAUCUUUUGAAAAUCUUUUUCUCAAGAACCACUGGACCAGGAAAGACAAAACUUCUGUAAAAGCUUUGUUAAUGAGUGGAGCUUGAAAAUUGUGCAUCUAACAAGGGACUUCAAUCAGGGGUCAAAUUUUACUUAUUAUAUGAAGGGAGGGGGGGGGGGGGGUCCUUGAAAAAAUCUGAUGAAGGGAAGCAGAUUGAGGGUGACUCAGGUAAGCGUUGUGGGCAAUGGGCCACUUGUUGUUCUGAUAUGUACAUGUAUCAUCCAUCUUCAGAGCAUUGCAUGUAUACAUGUGGAAUUUUUUUUAUAAUGUCUUAUUUAUGUAUGAUAUGCCAUACAGUUUUGAAACUGAUAAUAAAUGUUAUUAAAGGUUUUAAAACAAUG